AGCGAGUGUAUUGUUUAUUUGAUUUUUACUACAUUAGUUACAAUAGAUAACGACAAUACGAUGAAGUCUACCUACUCAGUAGAAAAUGUUUCUUGAAAACAAACUAUCGCGUCAUCGAUGUACAAAAUUCAAGUAUAGUUCGACAUAGCGUUUCCCUUGGAAACGAACCCACCAUAUCCAAGUUGUAUAAAUUAACCGUUGACACUUUAAACAAUAUCAUUACCAUUCCAAGCUUUGAAGUAAGAUGAAGACCACUGUUCUAUUCUGUUUGGCGCUGUUUGCCGUGGUGCUUGCUGAUAAGUCCACAUGCAAAAUAGGAGAGACGAAGCGAGAAGAAUGUGCUAUUUGCGACUGUUUACGUUUGCAAGAUGGAAGCAUCGAUUGGUAUUGCACCCAAUAUGAUUGUACCAAUCCUCACGAAGAGCUCCUAAGGAAAGAGCCCACGUGCAAAAUAGGCGAGACCAAGCAUGAAAACUGUGCAUUAUGCGAAUGUAUGACCUUCCAAAAUGGAAUCACCGAUUGGUUUUGCUCACAAGCAGAUUGUCAUUUUGAUGAACGUUCGAAGAGAGGCUCCCCAACUGAUACAGCUAACGGAGAGUGUAGUGCAGGCGAAACGAAAACGGCGAAGUGCCGUACCUGCAAAUGCAUCAAUAAUGAAACAAAGACACGAACAAUGUGGACUUGUCACAACUCAUGUUUUCUAAGAAAACUUUUCAUGUAAUUUAAAAACUUGCUUUCAUCAUCAUUACACAAUUAUUUAUUACAUUUUCGCCUUUAUUUUAUAUCAUAAUAAAAUUUGUCUUUAUUAUAUACACUAUAAUAUUAA